UACCCAUAUCAACCACUUCUGUCCGAAAAUCACAUCCGCCUCCUUCUCCUUGAGCCACUCGCUCCAUCCUCCACCCAAAAGUCUCAACCCAUCUGUGCCACCCUACACCAAGUUGAGCUCGAUUCAAAAAGUUUGAGUACUCGACCAUACAAAGCCCUGUCAUACGAGUGGGUAGUUCGCAACGAGCAAAGUGGGCAUGAAUGGCGGGUCCACGAAGAACAAAAUGAGGUUAACCCGACCAUCCUCCUAGAUGGCCAUAUCGUUCACAUCGGCGAGAACCUUUACAACGCACUCGGAAGUAUAAGACGCUUGAAGGGCGCGAUAGGUGGAUCGGAUCUUUGGUUAUGGGUAGAUGCGCUAUGUAUCAACCAGGGCGACGUACAGGAAAGGGGCCAUCAGGUGCGGUUGAUGAAACGCAUUUACGAAACCGCAGAAAUGGUGCUUGUGUGGUUAGGAAUGGGGAACGACCUGACCCAUUUGGCGACAAAAGUAUUGAACCUGGAGGCGGAUGAGUUGCAAGACCGUGUCGCCAUGGAAAGGCUGGAGCGCGAUGAGCUGCAUGGGAUCCAACAGAUCUGCGAGAUGGGGUACUGGCGCCGAGUAUGGAUUCUGCAGGAGGUUGUGCUGGCGAGGAAUUACAUGGUCAUCUGCAACCAAGACUUCGUGACGAUGGACAAAUUUCAAAGAGCACUGGCCCUGCUGUGCAAGCACACCUGGAAGACGAAGUUGAGAGAGUUUGUUCUUUGGCUGCCGGAGAGUCCGGCGCAAGAGAUCAUGGCUUUGAGGAGUUCGAGAGGGACCUCAUCAUCACUCAUUCAGUGGGUGAGAAUAUGUGUGCGAUGCCGAUUCGGGGCAACGGAGCCAAGAGAUCAUGUAUACGCACUCUUGGGAAUCUCGGACGACUGUGAAGGAAAGAUCGAGCCGGACUAUUCGCGAUCGGUGAGGAAGGUCUAUUCUUCGGCCAUUGCA